CAGAGGGCUGAGAUCAGCUUUCCCAGAGUCUGGGGGCAGGGGGACCAGAGCCCAGGUGUGCACGGGGAGGACGCCUCACCUAGGGAGCGGGCGGCAGGAUGCGUGGCAAGGACGAUGAGUAUGAUUAUCUCUUCAAAGUGGUGCUGAUCGGGGACUCCGGCGUAGGGAAGAGCAACCUCCUCUCGCGCUUCACCCGCAAUGAGUUCAACCUGGAAAGCAAGAGCACCAUCGGGGUGGAGUUCGCCACCCGGAGCAUCCAGGUGGACAACAAGACCGUGAAGGCUCAGAUCUGGGACACGGCGGGCCAAGAGCGUUACCGCGCCAUCACCUCGGCCUAUUACCGGGGGGCGGUGGGUGCCCUCCUGGUCUACGACAUUGCCAAGUACCUGACCUACGAGAACGCCGAGCGCUGGCUGAAGGAGCUGCAGGACCACGCCGACGCCAACAUCGUCAUCAUGCUGGUGGGCAACAAGAGCGACCUGCGGCAUCUCCGUGCCGUGCCCACCGACGAGGCCAAGAGCUUUGCAGAGAAGAACGGCCUGUCCUUCAUUGAGACGUCUGCCCUGGACUCCACCAACGUGGAGACAGCCUUUCACAGCAGCCUGGCAGAAAUCUACCGCAUCGUGUCGCAGAGGCAGAUGACUGGUCAGCAGGAGCCGGAGUUUGGGUCCAGCACGGUCAUUGACCCUAUCAAAGUCCUGCCCACUCACCAGGAUGGGAAACAGGCUCCCUGCUGUCAGAACAUAUGAUCCUGAGGGGAGACACCAGAGGCAGACGGACCCCUGCCGUCGUCCCCCGCCGGGGCUGCUUCCCUGGGUGUGUGUGUGGGGGGUGUCAGAGCAUGUGUUAUAUAAGAUCCUGUCAUUUUCCUGUCUCUUGUUCCCUCCCGCAACCCAUGGACUGUUGUAUUUAAUGUAACUCCUACGUAAACCUAACUGGGCCACAGCCGUUUCCUUGGGGAGACGGGUGUUAUCGAUUUGAGAUCAUCAUUUCCUCUGGUAUCAUGUCCCUCUCUUCCCGCACACUAUUGGACGUAUGUUUAUAUAGGGCCUACUCUAAUGGGAGAAGACACAUUGUGGGGAUCUCCCCUUUGGCCCUGCCUCUCCUUUUAAAACAAACAAACCAAAAACAAAAAAAACUCUUUAAGAUCCCUGAUCGCCUAGUGCAUGUGUGUGGUUCACACAAGACUCAAAGGCCCUGACGGCCCAACCCUGUAGGUGUGGCUGCUAGGUAGGCUCGCUAGACAGGUCUGAUUAAGACACUGGGGAGAGCCCUUCUGUUUGCAGUGAGGUGGCUGGACGCAGAGUGCAGUUACACCCGUCUUAAUCCAGAGUGACUCCGCUGAAAGCCCUGGGGCGACACACUAAGAGCCCAGCCCAGAUUGGCUGACUAUUUUCUGGUCCUUCCUGAGUUGGGCUAGAUUUGAGUUCCGGCGGCGUUCACUCCGGAUUUACUCCAGUAUCAAUGGCGUCGGAAUCCCCGGCCUUUUGUCGCGGGCUGAGCACUGACGUGGCGAGUGACUAGUGGUUUGCGGUGCCUCCGUUUCGGGCACCCACGUCUGACCGUUUUGGUCCCCGGCUAGCGCGGGAUUUCCAGAGGGGCUGAGCCUCGACUCCCAUUGGCUUCACCCAGCAUGGUGGGUGCUCAGUGUCUCCGUCACAUCCCCGAGAGCCGAGGGUGCCCCCCAGGGGCGGGGCUGUUUCCCGCAAGGAGUGGAGAGCCGGCGCUGUUCUCUGCUGUCCUAGCAGAGCCUUGGACUCAAGAUAAAGGAAGAACUUGAUGCUCUUUCCGCCCCCACUUUAAACGGGGUAGCUGCUGGCUCGGGAUCGUCAACUGGUGUCACUUCAUUGCUGCAACCAAAGCUUUGCUGUCUUCGGCACCAAUCCUACUAAAAUUGCCCAGUAUGAUCCCGCCCACUUGGAGACUAGCCCCUACUCAGCCUUUGGUGUGGCCGCAGCUAUGCUCAGCCCUACGUGUAGACAAGGGCAAGCCAGGGGCUGCUGGUUAGUUUAAGCAUGUCCUUGUCUGGAUCCAGUCUUGGAAACUCAUUUCUGGUUGAGCCAAGAAUGGAGAAGGUCCGGGCAAGAUUCCCCAGUGCUUGUCUCAGAGGGACCUGGGCUGAGAAGGGAGUUUGGGCUGUUGAGUCUGUAUGGUCAUUAGCCUGUCUGCUGGGGCCACAGCCACUGAUGAGCAGGGGUGGGGGGGUAACUGGUGGUGGCUUAUUUCCCCCUCCUUUGUCUGCUGUGGUUGGAUUGUGUGCAGCUCUGAACCUGCCCUGCCCCACACCACCACCACCCAACCUGUGUAAAUAUCAUGGAGCCUUUUAACAUCUGCUCUUGACUGCAUCUUGGUUUUUGUUGAAUGUGUGUAUUGGGGGAAAAAAAAGGUUUAAAUAAAAUAUCUAACAUCUU